CUCCGCCUCCGGGAUGAGCAGCGAUGACGCCAACGCCGAGUUUUACGAGCAGCUUCGCCUGCAGCAGCUGCACGAAGGCGGCGGGGAGCAUACGGCGGGCGGCGGCACGUAUGUGGACGAGGACGGAACCGAGUUCGAAUGGGACGAGGAGAGGAGGGCCUGGUUUCCCAAGAUAACCGAAGACUUCCUGGCAACCUACCAUGCAAGCUAUGGAUUUGUUGAAGAAACCUCUGCGAAUUCUGGAGGUGACAACACUAACGCUAAGAAGACUGGAGUGGCAGAGAAGAAUUCCGGAGUCAGUACAUCGCAGAAAGAUGCUAAAGGGGAAAAGAGGAAAGCUGAUGCGGGCUGGAUUGAUGUUGAAGAACAGAAGAAUACAAGUGUGUAUGUCACUGGAUUACCUCCAGACAUUACACCUGAUGAAUUCGUGGAGCUCAUGUCAAAGUUUGGGAUCAUCAUGCAAAACCCUGAAAGCCAAGAGUAUAAAAUUAAAUUGUACAAGGACAAAGAAGGAAAUCUCAAGGGAGAUGGACUCUGUUCAUACUUAAAGAAAGAAUCCAUCGACCUUGCAGUCAAAUUUCUGGAUGAAACUGAAGUGAGGGGAUAUAAGCUGCAUGUAGAAGUUGCCAAGUUUGAAAUGAAAGGGGAAUUCGAUGCCAGCAAAAAGAAGAAAAAAAGCAGAGAUUAUAAGAAGAAAUUGCUCCUGCAAAAAAAGCAGCUGGAUUGGAGACCAGAGAAGAAAUCUGGUGAAUCUCGAUUACGUUAUGAAAGAGUUGUGAUUCUUAAGCACAUGUUUCAUCCAAAGGAUUUUGAGGUUGAUCCAAUGAUUUUGAAUGAGAUCCGGGAUGACCUUCGACUGGAAUGUGAAAAAUUUGGCCAGGUCAAGAAAGUGCUUCUAUUUGAUAGACACCCCGAUGGAGUGGCCUCCGUGGCAUUUAAAGAGCCAGAACAAGCUGAUGAGUGUAAACUGGUCCUUAACGGAAGGUGGUUUGGUGGGCGCCAGAUAACUGCUGAGACGUGGGAUGGCGUCACUGAUUACCAGAUUGAAGAGACUGUGAAGGAAAGAGAGUAUCGACUUAAAACCUGGGAGACAUUUUUGGAAGACAACCCAUCUGCAGUUAAGUCUGAUGACCAGAGGACAGCGCAGGCUCCUGUUGGAUCGUCUGCUCCACAGGAGGAUAGGACAACUUCAGGAGAUGCCGAGGCUCCGUCAGUAGACUCUUCAGCACCUGGACAGGACUCUGGAGCUCCUUUAGUGGCCAGUUCGGCACCCUUGAAGGACUCCACGGCUCUGUCAGCAGACUGUUCACCACCAUCAGAGAGCAGUAAUCAGCAAGGUGUGAUCACUCCUGAGGAGGCAGAAGAAAACCAGAAUGAGGAGACCUUAUCAACAGACAGCAGCAUUGAUGGAAGUGAUAAUGCGGAUGAGGAGCCAUGAAUACUAAAAGGAUUUUGCUUUCUGGCUGAAAUUAUUUGUAAUUGGAAAAUUAUGAAAAACGAGGUCCCAUUGUUCCAAGCAUAUGGUAAUAACGGGCCAUAAAAAAUCACUAGUCCAUCCAGACUGCUUCAUGUGGUCAUGGUGUUUUGCUGGUGACAAAAUAUAUAUACAUACAUCCAGUCACAAAACCUUCUGAAAGAGAGCACAACAAGACACUCAUUUAAAACUCAGGCUGGUUAAAGAAUGCUGUGGGGUAGAGAUAAGGAAUAGGCGAAAGGGGCUGCUUAAUUAAAGUGAAAUGACCAUUGUUUCUAACCUGGAGAUAGAAUGUACAAAAUAUUUCUGAGGGGAUGUUUUGGGAUGUAGUUGAUCUACAGUGGACACACUUUUCAUUAGUUCCUUUGCAAGGUUUUAUCUGGUAAUAUUUUUGUUAAGAUAGGUGAACACCAAGAGAAUUUUCUUCCUCGUUUUAACAAGGUUUUUAAAACAAACUAUAUACAACUGAUUUCACAGCGCAUCAGUUUCAACAGCAGUUGACUCCUGUUGCUCACUGGUCAGAUCUACAGUCAGCUCCAGAAAGAAAAAAACUUGGCCCGUUCUCGAUUUGAUUACAGCUCCAUACACAUUAAUACUGUUAAGUGUGCAUCUUUGUGUUGAAAUUGGAGAAGUAUUAAGAUCCAGGUUCUUUUUUUUUUGCAUCCUUGGAAAUUGCAGAUAUUUGCUUAUUAGAGAGGUGUCAGCUUCAGUCACCUGAAAGGUGAGGUAAGCCCUAUUCUGAUAAUUGUCUUCAUGUUUUCAUUAACAAAAUGGUUUUGAAAGAGAAACAAUCACUGCUCUGUGCGGCUAAAUUAUCCAAUAUUCCUGUUUGAGUGGGUACAUAUUUUGGAAUAGUUUCCUACAGCUCCUCUGGAAUUUGUAAGUGGUUGUUUAUGUCCAUGUAACAUCUGUUUUAUUCUGAUUUUAAAUUUCCACCCCAUGUUUUGUUCUGCAGUGUAUUUAAUUUGUGUGUGAUUUAAUUCAAAGUGGUCUUCAUAAACACUUGCAUCAGCCUGUUGUGACGUGUUGUUAGGGACGUUAAUGUGUUUCUGUUUUUAACUAUGCUAUUCGAGAUGACAGGUGGAAGCAAUUUGGUGUGCCUGUUACCACCCAGCCUCCAUAAAUUUCUUCAGAGAUUCAGAUAUUGUUAUGUGUGAAUUUUAAAAUGUUUUGAUACAAAAGGAAAUUUGAAAAGCAAUUGAAAACUUUUAGAAAUAAAAGUAUUGGAUGUCAAUGCCAAAUAAUUAUUGGUGAUCUUUUGAAUUUCUAAAUGAAAGCUAAAUAUCAGGUAUUCUGGUUCAUUUUCAAUGUGUUUCAGUCCAGACUCUUGGUAGAUCAUUAUAAAUCUGGAAUGGUUGCAUCACUGGCACCAUGUUCCUACCAGAAUGUUUGUGGUGUAGCACCUGGUGAGUAUCUAGUACUGGCAACAUAUCUGAAACCCAACCUGUUGUGUUCUAAUGCUGCAAUGUAAAUGGCUAUUCUACCAUAAAAUAAAUAAACAAUAACCGUUGACUUUCAGGAACUGACUAACUAG